GAUAAGUAGAAAAUAAGAUGAGUUGAUAACAAGAAAGAGAAUGACUAUCAUUAUUUACUAUUAUUUACAGUAAAUAUUAUAAUUUAUUUGUGUAAUGACUGUGAUGUGUAUAGUAACUACUAACAGUACUAACUAUUAAUUUUAGAUUACUUGACCUCGUGCUUUCAAAAUCACUUUUUGUGGAAAGCUGACUAUCAAUAUAAUUCACGAUCGAAAUAUUUUCAGUUUCAAUCCAAAAUGGACGCCUUCAUGAUGAUACAACGAAAAAAGCUAACCAUAUUUACUGAUGCUAAAGACAAUAUAUUGGUUAAUGAACUCAAAAAGAUUAUUGGAUGUAUCAUUAAAGUAGCACCAGCAAAUCAACAACUUUACUACAAAGACGAAAUUAUGGAUGAGACAAAAACUUUGACAGAAUGUGGUCUGAAUUCUAGUAUUGCUAAGGCACAAAGUCCAGCUACUAUUGGUUUAGCAGUGAGAAUGGAAAAUGGAGAAUUUGAGCCAUUGGAAAUGGUACCAUACUCACUGCCACCAGAGUUGCCAUAUGUCAUGAAAAACCAAGAAACUAAUGGUCAAGAACCACCCAUGUAAGCAGCAAUCAUUAAAGAAUAUGUUCCAAAAUGAGUUUUUUUUUUUUAUAUGGUUUAUAAACAAGUGAAAAUUACUAAAUAGCAUCUCAGCUUAAACUAAGGAUUUUUUUUUAUGAUUGCCAAUUGGUUAUAGUAUUUUUUUUUUAUUAUAUAACCUUAUUUUAUAUUUUAUUUAUAAUCAAUAAACAUGUCAUAACUAUGAAAGUGGUAAGAUAAACAUUAAAAAGAUUAAACAGUUUACCAAGUCAUUAAAUUUGUUAAUUAAAACAUAAUUGUUAAAAAAAAAUUAUGUUAACACUUAAAGUAUUCAAUAUAAAUAUCUAAAAUAUGA